GCUGAGCCAGCAGGGAAACACAUCACAGCACUACAACCACAGCCGGCGAGACGUAAUCACAGGGGAAACGAUCGAGAGAGCGAUAGACACACAGUGAGAGAUACCGUGGGAGACACCGUGAGAGCGUAUAUACACAGCAGGAAGAUUUCAGCGGCGAUACAAAGAUGAAGUUCUCCCAUUCGCUACAGUUCAACGCUGUUCCUGAGUGGUCAUCAAGAUACCUGGCGUAUUCAAACCUGAAGAAGCUGAUCUACAACCUGGAGAGGGAGUUGCUGCAGAGAGGAACCACCUCGGCACUGGAUAAUGAAGCGUCGUACCUCAUUUCCCAAGACCGUGGUGCUCAAGAUAGAGACGCUGUCCGCACCUUUGUUGCUGCUUUGGAUGCAGAGUUGAAGAAGAUUGACAAGUUCUACAAAGAGAAGGAGCUGUCUGCUUACCAGGACUACGAGCUGCUUCUGACCGAUGUCGAGGACUUUGAGAAGAACCUGAGACCCGUGGAGUCGACAGACACCCAAUUCCACUCGAUGAAGAGGGCACGAUCCAUUCCAAACGUGUUGCCUCCUGUACACGAUAGCGAUGACGAUGAUGACGAGCUUGCUGACGGUGCUGGAGACGACGGUGAAGGUGUGACGAGCUUUAGAGGUCGACAGGGCUCCUUGGAGCUGGACCAGAGACUUAGAAGAAACGAGGGGCUCGUACGUUCACGGACACCCGAGUUUUGGGACAGCGAAUACGAUAACAUGCCUACUAGAGACCCGUUCAACGUCCUGGCUGAUAUCAGAAUCACUCUGAAGAGAAGAUCCAUAGCUCUGUUCACGCUCUUGUCGGAGCUGAGAUCGUACAUCGAGCUCAACAAGACCGGGUUCACUAAGAUAUUGAAGAAGUUUGACAAGACUGUCAACACCAAGUUGAAAGAUGAGUACUUGGAGAAACUGGUGAAGGAGUCAUAUGCCUUCAGUGCCUCCACUGAGAAGUUGCUGACAGAGAGAUUAGAAUCAGUAAUUGAAAUCUAUGCAUCCUUAUCAACGAACGGGUCUAUAGAGAUGGCCAAAUCCGAGCUAAGAUUGCAUCUCAGAGAACAUGUCGUCUGGGAACGUAACACUGUCUGGAAAGAUAUGAUUGGAUUGGAAAGAAGGGCCCAGACUGCAACCUUGGCGAAGAAGAAAGGUUCUGGUCCUGGAUCAAAGGAAAUAUUGGUUGGUGAAGAAGACGAACAAGCCGAGGACAACGUUUUAAAGACCAAUACUUUAACACUGAUCGCAAUCUUUAUCAUAACUGUGGUGCUGUUAAUCGUCUCACCUUUUGAACAGAUUGAGCAGAAGAAUUGCUUUGCCCUUCUGGUUUGCUCAUCGCUGUUAUGGGCCACUGAGGCAAUCCCAUUGUUUGCAACAUCGUUAUUGGUUCCACUCUUGAUUGUCGUUCUUGGAGUCUUGAAAGAUGACUCUGGGGAUAGAAUGGACCCUGUUAACUCGUCAAAGUUCAUCCUGUCGGCAAUGUGGUCUUCUGUUAUAAUGCUCUUACUCGGUGGAUUCACACUGGCCGCAGCACUCUCUAAGUACAACAUUGCCAAAAUGGUAUCCACUUGGAUUCUUUCAAAAGCUGGUACCAAUCCGAAAGUUAUCCUUUUCACAAUCAUGACCGUGGCACUUGUGGUGUCGAUGUGGGUUUCAAACGUGGCAGCACCAGUGCUAUGCUAUUCCAUCGUUCAAUCUCUCUUGAGAACUUUACCACGUGGAUCAUACUUCGGUAAACAACUGGUCCUGGGUAUUGCAUUGGCUUCAAACAUCGGUGGUAUGGCAUCUCCAAUUGCGUCUCCUCAAAAUAUCAUCUCCAUUGGGAUGAUGGACCCACAACCUUCCUGGGGCCAAUGGUUUGUUAUUGCAAUCCCAGUUUCAUUAAUUUCUUUGGUUAUCAUCUGGGCCUUUCUCAUUGUCACCUUUAGAUCAUCAGAAAAAAUUGCCAUUGCAGGCAUUAGAACUGUUGACGAUAAGUUCAACAGAACGCAAUGGUACAUUACCUUUGUGACGGUGCUGACCAUAGUUCUAUGGUGCUUGGCUCACCAACUUGAGGGGGUGUUUGGUGAAAUGGGUAUCAUUUCAAUCAUUCCAAUGAUUUUGUUCUUUGGUACUGGCAUUCUUACAGCUGAAGACUUCAAUAACUUCCUAUGGACCAUUGUUGUGCUAGCCAUGGGUGGUAUUGCCCUGGGUAAAGCAGUCUCAACGUCUGGGUUGCUUGAAACAAUUGCCAUAGCUAUCCAGAGAAACGUCCAAGGGUUCUCACUGUUCUCCAUUCUAUUGGUGUUCGGUGCGUUAAUUCUUGUCGUUGCAACUUUUGUCUCUCACACCGUGGCUGCGUUAAUCAUUGUUCCUUUGAUUGCGGAGAUUGGAUCCAAGUUGGACGAUCCACAUCCAAAUUUGUUGAUCAUGGGUGCAGCUUUCCUCUGUUCAGCAGCCAUGGGUUUGCCAACCUCAGGGUUCCCUAACGUUACAGCAAUUUCAUUGGUGGAUGAUUUCGGUGAAAGAUAUCUCACUGUGGGAAACUUCAUUUCCAGAGGUGUUCCUAGUUCCAUAUUUGCCUACCUUGUUGUGGUUACAGUGGGAUUCGUUCUAAUGAGAUUAACAGGGAUGUGAAAGAGCUCUUCUUCUCAUGCGAAUCGUUAAAUUCUGUUGCCAGUUAGUAAACAAAGUAAUAGUUAUAAUACAUGUGUGCAUUUCAUGUUU